AACAUUAAACAUUUUCUAGACAAUUUGCUGCGAGUCGAGUCUCAGCUCAAAAGACUUUCGAUUUGAAGUCUAAAAACACACAUUUUCUGGCAUUUUAGAAACGAUGAAGUCAACGAGGAUCAGAAAUGCCCCCAGAAAGGAGGACAGAUCAAGACCUCCCGAUACAGUCCAAGGAGGAGAGAGCGCCCCCACCAAGAAGCAGCCCCCAAACCUGCAGUGCUGGACGCCAUCAUCUGGAGCGUCCCUCAAGCUCCUGAUGGCUGCUAGGUUCUGUGCUGCUCUCCUCAGUAACAUCACAGACUGCGAUGAGACCUACAACUACUGGGAGCCAACUCACUUUCUAAUCUACGGGCGGGGUUUCCAGACGUGGGAGUAUUCACCUGUGUAUGCCAUCCGAUCCUAUGCAUACGUCUUCCUGCACAUGCUUCCGGGCAAGCUCUAUUCAUGGAUCCUGGACUCAAAUAAGAUCCUUGUCUUCUAUUUCAUCAGAUGUCUUCUUGGCAUGAUAUGUGCUCUCACAGAAUUCUAUUUUUACAGGGGUGUGUGCAAAAACUUUGGAGGUAGCGUUGGAAGAUUGACGUUGGCCUUCAUGAUCCUCAGCACUGGAAUGUUCAUCUCAAGCGCUGCAUUUUUGCCAAGCAGUUUCUCCAUGUAUAUGACCAUGAUAUCAAUGGGAGGAUGGUAUACUAAUAAUCUAAAUGUAGCCAUUCUUGCUACAGCCAUGAGUUCUUUCAUCAGUUGGCCGUUUGCAGUAGCCAUCGGACUACCCAUAGCAGCUGACAUCGUCCUGAGAAGACAACACGUAGCUUACUUUGUUCAGUGGUGUGUGAUAGCUGUCAUUGUCAUCCUUAUACCUCAGGUUAUGAUAGACACAUACAUGUAUGGAAAAUUGGUUAUUGCACCGCUUAAUAUUGUCACGUAUAAUGUUUUUAGUGAACAUGGUCCAGAUAUAUAUGGUGUUGAACCAUGGUCAUUUUAUUUUCAGAAUGGAUUUCUGAAUUUUAAUGUCAUCUUUCCACUUGCCCUCGUAGCUCUUCCAUUUGCGAUGUUUGUGAACUGGGUAUCCAACAGCACUGUGGUAGGAAACAAGAAAGCGAUUCCUAUCUAUCUCACUCUCUCCUCCUUCUACAUCUGGUGUCUCAUCUUCUUCACAAGACCGCACAAGGAGGAGCGCUUUCUCUUUCCAAUCUACCCUCUGGUAUGCCUUGGAGGGGGUGUGUCUCUCUCAGCUUGCCAGAAAUUAUAUCAUUGGCUGUUUACCUUCAAAAUACCUCAACAUUAUACCUACUCUUCCAACCAUCUCGCCAUAGCUUUUACUUUUCUCUUUGGUACAUUAUCUUUAAUGAGAUCAGGGCUGCUCUUUUAUGCCUACCAUGCUCCUCUUGAUUUGUACCCUGAGUUGAAAACUAUUGCCAACAACCCCAACAUCCACACCCUCCCACCGGAUAAAUUAGUAAAUGUCUGCGUGGGCAAGGAGUGGUAUCGCUUUCCAAGUAGCUUCUUCCUACCAGACAAUUGGAGGUUACAGUUCAUAGAGUCAGAGUUCAGAGGUCAACUGCCCAAGCCUUUUGAUGAAUCUGAUCCUGAUGCUACCACAAUGAUACCAUCUCAUAUGAAUGAUAAGAACCAAGAAGAGAUCUCAAGAUACAUUGACAUUUCAAAAUGCCAUUACCUGGUAGAUCUAGACAUGCCUGUAGAGACUGCGAGAGAACCAAGAUACGCUAAUAGGACGGAUGAAUGGCAGGUUGUAGCUUCUCAACGAUUCAUGGAUGCUGCCACUAGCUCCUAUAAGUGGUGUCGGUCCUUCUACGUUCCUCUCUGCACCAGACGCUACACCUACUUUAGACAUUACAACAUCCUAAAGACAAAGAGGAGAAAGAACGCCCCCAAGCAGGGCAAGAAGAGGAAGCAACCUCCAACCAAAUCAAAGAAGAGUAGCCAUGACGAUGAACUUUGACCUGAAAUCAGAAAUUUGUGUUUUAAAAGCUCAUUUUCAUGUGAUGCUGGAAACCAUUGUGGUAUUUUUUUUUAUUGAUGUGUAGCAAUAGUGAUCAUGAUAUUUUAUUUCAAAUGAUCAAAUCGAGGGGUCAGUGACACAGAGACGUAACUCCAUUUUGAGAAAAAGUGGUUUAAAGAUAGAGGUCCACUGGGGCCUUAGGGAGUUAAUUCUAUGUUUCACUAGCCUUUGACUUCAAUGGGGUGUUGGGUUGAGUUAAGUCUUUGUGUUAUCUGGAAAGCCCACAUUUUUCUGAACAUUUUGAUGUCAAAUACUCAUUUUGGCAAAAUAUGGGGUUACGUCUUUUGUCACUGAACCCUCGAAAUGAUGUAAAAUCUCAUUGAAGGAUUUUGGAUAUUAUUACUCUGGCUGUAGCUCCAUCAACCAUAGUGCUUGGUGCAUUCAAGGAAUGAAUCCUACCAGGUACCCGCUUAUUACAUCUGGGUCGAGUGUGGCAGGGAUUUGAACCUUGAGAUCUAUUUCUGGUGAAUUAACCACUAGACCACAACACCUCAUGUAGAUGAAUGGCGCGUGAGCAUGAAAACAAGUAGCUGGUGCUUAACAAAGGACUGGUGCUUAAAAAAGGUCCUACGAUGUAUGCAUGCUUAUUAUCUGUGUGUUAUAUGGAUUCAGAAAUUUGAAACCCUUUUUAAUAGGCUUUUUUUUUAAAAAGGAAAAAAAUUGACGCAGUUAACUACAGUGGUUGACCACUUCAUAUUAUGAAGGAGCCUUUAAUACUAGGAAAUAUUUUAUGUGAACAAAUAACGAUAUGUAAUUUUUAAGUAAAAAACACAUGCUGACUCUGUGAUAAAGCAAUAUUUUGUAUGAAUACAUUUGAAAUGUAAAGAAAGCUUGGUGAGAAAAAAAAAAAGUUGUAUGAUGGGGUUACGGUGUUUUUGUAUUGAUAAGAAAAGUAUUUCUGUGUGCAAAUAAUGUAAUUUGGCAUAGACAUUUGAAAAGUUCUGAACACAGUGAAUAUUAAAGUGAAGGUAUGAGGUCGGUAUGGGUUUAGAGGUUAAGUUUAGUUUUAGGGAUAGGUAGUAAUGGUCUGGGGUUAAAGUUAGGAAUUUAUUCACACCAAAAAGAUCAUCCCCAGACUGACAAUAGAAAAAUAAAACAAAAUAUCGGUCUGGAGUCAGUGAGGUAAUGUGACUGAGCUAUCAGUGUUCGUAAUUAAAAUGGACCUGCGAAUAGUUGUUGCCAGAGCAUGUGUCACAUGGUUUUUAAUGGACACCAUUAUCAAACAUCUCAUUUCCUUCAUUACCUAAAUUUCCUAAAUUACAAUUAGUGUAAUUUGAGAACCUCUUCCAAUGAAUGGAAGGGCUUUCUUUUACUCACUUUGCAUGUAAUGUAAUGUAUGAGAUUCCUGUCUCAAUUGGAGAAAAGAAAUCACAAUUUUAGCAUCAGAGAUACAAUCAAAUUUUAUUUUUUCAUCUCAAGUGCCCGAAUGGCACAAUAUUUUUGCAGGGUAUGCUCACAUUGUGGUGUAACAUGCAAUGUUGAUAUACAGAUUCUGAGAAUCGUGUUUAAUGUUUUUUUGUGUGGUGGAGUCACGUUUUGCAAAGCAAUUAGCAAAUAUUUCUGCAGGUCCGCUUGCCCUAGUAACUCUGAUGAGCUGUUAGCAAGCAACAUGUAUUGAAUCCACCCAGUAGGGCAAGCAAAGUAUGUAUACCUAUACAUAUUGCCUGUUGAGAGCCAGAAGGGUGUUUACUCUGUGUUAAAGUAGAGUUAGAAUAGGAGUUAGUGCCCUGCUGGCCCUAAACAGCCGUCUAAAACAUCAAAAGGCAAUCAAAUCACAGUGCUCUAUUGGUGUUUUUUUUUGUAACCCAGUACAAAGUUCAAGUUAUGAAAUCUUGCGUGCUAGGGAAAGAAGUGGCUUAAUUUAACUGCAGUAGAGUUAGAGUUAGGAUUAGGGUUACAAUCCAGUUUAGGUCCUAGGGUUAUGGUUUAGAGUUAGGGUGAGGGUUAGAGUGAGAGUUGGGUUAGUUAAGGUUACUUGUGUAGUUGGGUAUUCUGCACUUACAUGUAAAUGUUUGUUUUACCCGACUGCUAAGAAAGCAUAAGUAUAUACUUGCAUUAGCAACCAGAGGACUGAUGGCUUUAAGUCCUCUCCACCCAUGUUUGUAAACAGUAAUCAGUUUUAAUGUGUCAAAAGAGAUUGUAUAUUUUACAAUUGUUAAUUGGAAUGACAGUGUUGUAAAUGAUUGAUACUACUUUGUUUGAAAGGAAAUGCACUGAAUGAAAAGUUUGAAAUAUAAAGAAAAUGUGGAAAAAUUA